UGAUGUCAGAGAAGGAGGAGGAGCGUGGAUAAGAACGCGCGCGCGGAGGCGCUGAGAUUUUCCAAUCUACGGGCGCAGUUUCUAUGGAAAUCUAAGGCUGUGCUAAAAAAAGACGGUCUGGCAGGCCUCUCGCUCCCACAGGUCUCGAAACCAAACACGGAGGGAACCCCUGGGGUUCGGCAUCCUGCUGCUGGGCGUUCCCCACCCUCGCUCACCAGUUCUACGCUCCUGGCUAGCAGAGUGCAAUCAUUCACAUACAUACCGCUUAAGCGUCUCUGCCGUAACACCCCUUCUUCUGCUUUGUGUGCAUGUGUAUGCAUCCCAAGCGCCCUCUCAGGGUCUGGACAGUAAACGUGGUUCUUCCCCCCUCCCGGUCCAUUCUACCUUUAAAGAUCAGGGAAGAUCCCCACGCUUGAGACGACUUCUCUACACGCCGCGAGAUCCAGAGCGACCACCAGUCCUCCUCCCCCGUUUCCCUCACCGCCUUGCAGGGAGCCUCCUCGCCUCCCUCCCCUCAGUGUCCCCACCUCUGCACUCCUUCACACAAACCGCGUUUCCUUCCCUUGCCCGAUCACCUCCCAGUCACGCUCGCUCUCCUCCGCCCCCCCCCCCCGCGUGCAAGGACGGCGAGACUGCGGCUGAGCGCGCUUUUCUGCGGCGGUGACGCGGAAGACGACGGCCCAGUUCUGUCUGCUUGUCCCCGUCUGGAGGACCCCCCUCCAUCUCUCCGUGCCACCACCCAGACCAUGAUUCCGCCGCAAGAGCCGAGCCCUGGCAGCUCCCUAGCAGCCCAGGGCAGCGAGAAGGCGGGAGCAGGGAAGACUCUGUGAGGCCGGCGGUCCCUGCUCCUUGCCCUCCCUUCCCAGCCGCCCUGAUCCUGUCGUGGCAUACCUCUGAUUACACCACCGGCAGCCCUCCAUCGAGCCACAGGGUCUGAAUGUCAAAAUGCUGAUCAAGGAAUAUCACAUUCUGCUGCCCAUGAGCCUGACAGAGUACCAGGUGGCUCAGCUCUACAUGAUCCAGAAGAAGAGCCGUGAGGAAUCGAGCGGCGAGGGCAGCGGGGUUGAGAUCCUGUCCAACCGGCCCUACAGUGAUGGCCCAGGCGGCAGCGGUCAGUAUACACACAAGAUCUACCACGUGGGCUCUCACAUCCCUAGCUGGUUCCGUGCCCUCCUACCCAAGGCAGCUCUGCAGGUGGAGGAAGAGUCCUGGAAUGCCUAUCCCUACACCCGCACCAGAUACACCUGCCCCUUUGUGGAAAAAUUUUCUAUAGAGAUUGAGACCUAUUACCGACCGGAUGCUGGGAAACAGAACAAUGUCUUCAACCUGAGUGCUGUGGAGCGCAGGCAAAGGAUUCUGGACACCAUUGACAUUGUGCGGGACCCCAUCUCACCCAGCGAAUACAAGGUGGAGGAAGAUCCAAGGCUUUACUGCUCAGUCAAGACAGGACGUGGGCCUCUGGGGGAUGACUGGCUGGAGAGUGCAGCUGCCGGGCCAAUCAUGUGUGCUUACAAGCUUUGUAAGGUGGAGUUUCGCUACUGGGGUAUGCAGUCCAAGAUUGAACAGUUCAUCCAUGAUGUAGGUCUACGAAAGGUGAUGCUGCGGGCACACCGCCAGGCCUGGUGUUGGCAGGAUGAAUGGAUAGAUCUCACCAUGGAUGACAUCCGGAGGCUGGAGGAGGAGACGGCACGCAUGCUGGCUCAGAAGAUGGCCAAGUGCGUGGAGCCUGAUAUAGUCCCUGCUGUGCCCAGCCCUGAGAGCCCGACUGAGCUAGGUGGCUGUGAGAAGCAGGACCGAGUCGAAACCCUAAGGGCUCCUGAUUCCUCUCCAGAUGAUCCAUUUGCCAUGCAGUGGUCAUCAUCCUCUCGCUCAUCAUAUUCUUCUCAGCAUGGCGCUGCAGUGUCUCCUCACAGCUUAUCAGAGUGGCGGAUGCAAAAUAUUGCACGGGACUCCGAGAACAGCUCUGAGGAAGAAUUCUUUGAUGCUCAUGAGGAUUUCUCGGACAGUGAUGAUGUUUUUGCCAAGGAAAUCACCAAGUGGAACUCAAAUGACUUUCUUGACACUCUAGAGCGACCCAUUGAGCCAGAUGAUGCUCUUGUUGAUGCUGUUGGGGCAGCCAAGCCAGAUAGUGAUGGUGUCACUGCACCUGGCCCACCAGAGGCUGGAUCGGAAGACCUCUCCAGGACAUGCCGCAUUCAUGCACUUUUCCUGAUCCUCCACAGUGGCAACAUCUUAGACCAGGGUGUGGGAGAGCCAGGCUCCAAACAGGCUGAUGUGCACACGCUCACCGCCACCUUGGACUCAGUCACUCGCCUACACUUCCCUGAGGCAUUGGGGCACAUUGCGCUGCGCCUGGUGCCUUGCCCACCUAUCUGUGCUGCUGCCUACGCUCUUGUCUCCAAACUCAGCCCCUACAGUCAUGAUGGCGACAGUCUAUCCAGUAGUCAAGACCACAUUCCGCUGGCCGCUUUGCCUCUCCUGGCCACUUCCUCAGGCAGUUACCAGAAUGCCGUGUCAACCGUCAUUUCCCGUACCAACCAGGCCUAUGCUAAUUUUGUCCACUCCCCUGAUGGCAUUGGCUUCUGUGGCCAGGUGCUGCUGAUUGGGGAUUGUGUUGGGGGAAUCCUGGCCUUUGACGCCCUAUGCCACAGUCGUGCUGGAGGAUCAGGGAGUCGCGGGAGCAGUCGCCGUGGCAGCAUGAAUACCGAGCUGCUUUCUCCAGAGACUUCUGUGGCGCGAGACCCACUGCUUGAGAAGGGGGAAGUUUGUGGGAUGGGCCGUGCCAGUCCUGAGCCAGGGGCGCUUCUGUCCAUCCAGAAAUGCAGUGACAACGUGACACAGGAGAGUGACUCUUCACAGCAGCAACAGUUCUUGACCAGCCUACAGGCUGGCAUGCCUGCCUCAGAAGCGGAAGGAGACCCUCGGCGUAGCAGUAACUCUUCAUCCUCGAUGAUAGAGACUUUUGAAGGGCCAAGCACAGUUGGGAAGCUGGAGUUCAAGGUGUCUGGUUUCUUCUUGUUUGGCUCACCGCUGGGGCUGGUUCUUGCACUUCGUAAGACAGUGAUGCCGGCAUUGGAUGUGGCCCAGAUGCGCCCAGCCUGUGAACAGGUCUACAACUUAUUUCAUGCAGCCGACCCGUGUGCCUCGCGUCUCGAACCUCUGCUGGCCCAACAGUUUCAUGCCGUGCCUCCCUUUGGUAUCCCCCGUUACCAGAAAUAUCCCCUGGGAGAUGGCUGCUCAACUUCAUUGGCUGAGGCCUUGCAGAGUCACUCUUCCCUCUUCAUGGAUGAACUAGACCUUGUGACACCCCCCACGCCGACAGGUGCUUUUGGGGGUUUCUGGAAAGGGAAUGAGGCAGCUACAAGUGAGAACACUGUAACCAGCACCAGUGAAGUUGUCAAGAUUCUGGAUCGCUGGUGGGGUGCUAAACGCAUAGACUACUCUCUCUACUGCCCUGAGGCAUUGACUGCCUUUCCCACCAUCACCCUGCCUCACCUUUUCCAUGCCAGCUAUUGGGAAAGUGCUGAUGUGGCUGCCUUCAUCCUGCGCCAGGUUAUUGAGACGGAGCAGCCCCAAGUGACUGAGAAUGAGGAGAGUUCCAUCUACAGCCCAGCAUUUCCCCGUGAAAAGUGGCAGCGGAAACGCACACAAGUGAAGAUCCGGAACGUCACAGCAAACCACCGUGCCAGUGAUAUCAUUGUAUGUGAAGGGAGGCCCCAAGUCCUCAGCGGACGCUUCAUGUAUGGCCCGCUGGAUGUGGUGACUCUGACUGGGGAGAAGGUGGAUAUCUACAUCAUGGCACCGCCACUGUCAGGGAAAUGGGUACACUAUGGCACAGAGGUGACAAGUGGCAGCGGAAGGCUCUCCUACACCCUCCCCGAUGAGAAGAUGUUGGGCAUUGGCAUGUACCCUGUCCGAAUGGUAGUGCGGGGUGAUCACACCUAUGCCGAGUGCUUUCUGACUGUGGUAGCCAAGUCUACACCUUGUGUUGUCUUCAGUAUUGAUGGCUCUUUCACAGCCAGUGUCUCCAUUAUGGGCAGUGACCCCAAGGUGCGCGCUGGUGCUGUUGAUGUAGUAAGGCAUUGGCAGGACUCUGGUUAUAUGAUCAUCUACGUGACUGGGCGUCCAGACAUGCAGAAGCACCGUGUGGUGGCCUGGCUUACCCAGCACAACUUCCCCCAUGGCAUCGUGUCUUUCUGUGAUGGCCUCACACAUGACCCCCUCCGCCAGAAGGCUGCCUUUCUACAGGGCCUUCAGCAAGAGGCAGAGGUCAUCAUUGUGGCUGGCUACGGAUCCACCAAGGAUAUCUCGGUCUACAAUUCUUUAGGUCUUCCUUCAACUCAAAUCUACAUUGUGGGCCGAGCUGUGAAAAAACUGCAAAGCCAGUGCCAGUUCCUGUCGGAUGGCUACGUUGCACACCUGGCACAGCUGGAAGCGGCAUCCCUUGCUCACUCCCCAAAGGGGACGACGAGGCCCACGCUGGGCAAAGGCAGUUACGGCUGCCCCGCUCCUGUCGACUUCCUGCGCAAGCAGAGCCAGCUCCUGCGCUCGCGGGGCCAGAGCCAGGCUGAACGAGAGGGAACGGGGAGCACCCAGCCCCGAACCAAGAUGCGCAGUGUUAGCCUCAAAUUGGAGAGUGAGGAGUAAGCCCCUGUGGGAAAGUCUCUGCAUUUUCUGACUUGCAGUGGCUGGUGCCAGGACUGGGCCUGUGAGAGGCCACAGUUGUGAGGGAAAGGGGCCAAGAAUACUAGGUGCAGAGGGAGAGAGAGAAAGAGAGAGAGGGCAGGCUCUGCCCAGCAGUGGCCACAGGCUGGCAUACAGGGCCACUAGGACAAGGAGGAGAGAACUUCUAUAUAAUCCCAGAAGUUGCUUCCAUUCCCAUCAGUUCCAACUCCCGCCUGUUCUGUUUGUGGUCUCCUUUGACCCACAGUUCAACUCAUAUCCUCUGGGGAUUAUGGGGGGUGGGGGUGGGACAAAGGGAGCGUAUUCAUCAUAUUACCCUGAUGUAAAGUGUUACAUUGUUUUUGAAUUGACUGUUCACAUACCUCCCCCUUUUCAGAAGACUGAGGUCUCAUCAGACUGGGAUAUAUUCCACUCUCCCAAUUUGAUGCCACGUGAGGCAGUAGUGGGUCCAGCCCUAACAACUCUCAAGUCUUCCCAUAUCCCUCUGUGGUUCAGGUAGAGUGAGUGGCUAGGGAAAUAUAGACAUCAGGGAUUCCAGCUGCCCCUUUCCUGCAGAGGCUAAGCGCCUUGCUCCAGCCUCUUGCACCAUUCUCAGUCCAAUCCUGCCUAUGCCCCCGGUCUUUGGGUGUCUGCAUGAUACUGCCCUCCUGUGCAUGUAUUGUGUCUGGUAUGAGAGCACAGGAUAGCCAGGAAUAAGGAUGAAUCUAUACUCCCUCCCUGACAUGGGAGGGCUUUGUAUUUAUUUCAUUUUGUCAGAAUUGCUGGGAAGUGGGGGGAGUCGAAUCCUGUUUUGAAGGAUUUGUGGGGAUUUUACAUUUAUCUUUAAAUGUGUUCUAAAACUGAAAAAAAAUAAAAAAAUUGA